CGCUCUUAUGUCAUUCACUUCUUUUUUUACGUGGCUGUCGACUGAACUUUUCAAUCAUGGUGACACUUGUUCGCACGGAUUUUCCUACUUUAAGGACAAUAUUAUGUAUAGUUGGAAUUAUUUUGUCAUUUUAUGCACUAUAUGUGGAGCUGAGCAAAGAACAUAAUCCUGAUUUCAAGGCAAUGUGUGAUUUAAGCGGAACCAUCAGUUGCUCAAAGGUGUUCACUUCAAAAUAUGGCAAAGGAUUUGGCAUUGUUGGACAGAUUCUAGGAGAAGAUAACAUUCUUAACCAACCCAACUCUGUGUAUGGAAUAAUCUUUUAUUGUCUUCAAAUUGCUCUGGCCACAAUCUUCAGUUACUCGGCAUCAAUUCUCCUUCUGUUAACAUCAGUAGUAUCUGUCGCUGGUUGCUUCUAUCUUGCGUAUAUUCUCAUGUUCGUGUUGGAGGAUGCCUGUAUUGUCUGUAUAUCAACGUACGUGGUGAAUGGAGCCCUGUUAUUCAUCAAUUUAAUCAGGUGGAAUUCAGAAAGGAGGGAAAGAAAGUAUACAAGAAAAUCCAAAUCAGAUUGAUGUCAAAAUCUGUUAGUAAUUUUUAUUUGUAAAUGUUUUUUCUUGCAAUUGGGGGUUAUUGAGUACAUGUAUGUGUGAUUUAAAAAUCUUGGUGCAUAAUGAGGUACGGUAAUGCGAUCUUUUUAUGCAAGCUUUUAAUGAAUAUGAAACUUAUUUCAGGAACAGGGCCUUGAGGUUAAGAAAGUAUUACUCUGAAUGUAACACAACUGAAAAUGGUUCUUGUAGUAUGAUAAUAGCAGAUUGUAAUUAGGGCAAGACAGGAUUUGUUUAAAUUAAACUAUAGAUACAGCAAAAUAAAAGUAAAAUAUUUGGAAAGAAAAUGUGUUUUUAAUUUGAAGUUUAGUUAUAAAAUUGAUUUGUUCUGUGUGAAAUGUAUCAUCAUUAGCCAGAUUAAAUUUUCAGAAUAUUAUCUAUUAGAAAUAUUAAUUAGGUACUUAAUUGCGGUCUUAAUUGUUUGUAUGUGAUUGUGACAGAAAAAUUCAAUCUACUUUAAUUUACAAGUGUUAUUCAUAUAUCCCUCAAAGGGUUUAUAAGUGUACAUGUACUUAGAGCCAGAGGUAAUAUAUUGCUUUAUAAAUUCAUGAAUCUUACAUUCCAUCUAGAUUUGACAAAUAUGUAUAAAUUAUACUUGAAAGGUCUAACAAUAUCAAGGUUACAUGUACAUGCUUGCAAGCAUCAGUGUAUUGAAUUACCUGUUAUGUCAUUCAGUGAGUGUACUGUGGUUACUUUCAUUAGACAGGACUGCAAUGUCGCUAAUCUUGAUUUAGAUGGAAGAGUAGGAGUGUGGCCCAGUUGAUAAGUUUUCUGACUUUGAAACAGAGGGUCGUGGGUUUGAGUCCCAGACAUGGCGUAAUUUUCUUCAGCAAGAAAUUUAUCCAC